GAACAUCGCCCACUCGUUACGGAGCACUAUUCAGCCCAGUUGAAGCUACUGAAAGAAAACGUACGAAGCUAAAUAAUUUUGUGGAAUAUCGUGACUAUUAUUUGAUAGAAUGGCAGCGAUUAGUUUGUUAAAUCCAAAAGCUGAAUUUGCCAGAGCUGCUCAAGCACUGGCCGUCAAUAUAUCAGCCGCGAAAGGAAUUCAAGAUGUAAUGAAGACGAAUCUUGGGCCGAAAGGCACCAUGAAAAUGCUGGUCUCAGGAGCAGGAGAUAUUAAAAUUACAAAAGAUGGAAAUGUAUUGCUUCAUGAGAUGCAAAUACAACAUCCAACAGCAUCUUUGAUUGCUAGAGCAUCCACUGCUCAAGAUGAUAUGACUGGGGAUGGUACAACCAGUACUGUAUUAAUUAUUGGAGAACUUUUGAAACAAGCAGAUAUCUAUAUAUCAGAAGGUCUUCAUCCUCGAAUGGUUACUGAAGGUUUUGAUUUAGCCAGAGCUAAAACUUUGGAAAUACUUGAUUCCUUAAAAAUUUCACUUGAACCAGAGAAAGGAUUGUUGGAUGUUGCCAGAACAUCACUGAAAACUAAAAUACAUCCUAAGAUAGCUGAGAAACUAGCUGAUAUUUGUGUAGAAGCAGUUUUAGCUAUAAGACAGGAUAAUAAAGAAAUUGAUUUGCAUAUGGUUGAAUUAAUGGAAAUGCAACAUAGAACUGAAGCGGAUACUGCUUUGGUUCGUGGUAUUGUAACUGAUCAUGGAUCCAGACAUCCAGACAUGCCUAAGAGAGUAGAGAAUGCUUACAUACUAACUUGUAAUGUUAGCUUGGAAUAUGAGAAGAGUGAGGUAAAUAGCGGUUUCUUCUACAAAACUGCGGAAGAACGCGAAAAACUUGUAGCGGCAGAACGCGAAUUUAUUGAUAACAGAGUAAUGAAGAUAAUUGAAUUGAAGAAAAAAUUAUGCGAUGGAACGAAUAAAUCAUUGGUUGUUAUAAAUCAAAAAGGUAUUGAUCCACAAUCUUUGGACAUGCUUGCUAAAGAGAAUAUUUUAGCUUUACGUAGAGCAAAGCGGCGAAAUAUGGAACGUUUAGUGUUAGCCUGUGGUGGAAUGGCUAUGAAUUCAUUUGAUGAUUUGAAAGAAGAACACUUAGGAUGGGCUGGACUUGUAUAUGAACAUGUAUUGGGAGAAACAAAAUAUACUUUCAUUGAAGAAUGCAAGAAACCAAAUUCAGUAACGAUUCUAUUAAAGGGACCAAACAAAUAUACCCUGGAACAAUUGAAAGAUGCCGUGCGAGAUGGUUUAAGAGCUAUUAAGAAUGCGAUUGAUGAUCAUGCCCUAAUUCCUGGCGCUGGAGCUUUUGAAAUAGCUGCCACUCAAGCACUUCAUCAGUAUAAAGAAAAGGUAAAAGGAAAACAACGGUUGGGUGUACAGGCUUACGCGGAAGCUUUACUUAUCAUUCCGAAAACUCUCGCUGUUAACAGUGGAUUUGAUGCGCAAGAUACGAUUGUAAAAUUAUUUGAAGAGGGAAAUACAUUGGGUGAACCAGUUGGAUUGGAUAUUUCAACAGGUGAAGCGUUAAAACCCGUUGAUGCUGGCAUCUAUGAUAAUUAUAACGUAAAGAAACAAAUUAUCAAUUCUUGCACAAUCAUCGCAAGUAACCUGCUUCUGGUUGACGAAAUAAUGAGAGCAGGAAUGUCGUCUUUGAAGGGUUAAAUUAUGAAUAUUUAUUUCCUAAAAAUGAUAUUCUAAAGAAAAAAUGUUCUUUCGUUUAACUUAAAUAUUACAUUUGUACGAUCUCUUGAAUUUUCCGCAUAAUUUUCACAUUUUUAUAAAGCUUUCACCUAAAAUAAAAUAACUGCACAUAAUAACAAUUAAAGGGCUGCUUUUAAAUUAAAGGAAACAAAAACAAUCAUUAUUUGUUGUUUACCAAUUUCCCAUUAAUGAUUGGAAGAUAAUACAUAAUUCAUGAUUGUCAAAAAUGCUUUGUAUAAUUAAUCAUUUAAAUAAAAAAUAAUCGUUUCUAUACCUUUUUUCAUGGAAUUAGUGUAAAAAGAAGCUUGUACUUUGAAGCAUCAUAUUAGAAAUGAUAACCACCUUUAUUAUAAAAAUCAAAAAUAUUUAUGUGAAAUUUUUACAUUAUACAAUAUGUACAAUUAUUUAAAUACUAGAAUAUUACCUCACAGGACAUUCAGUCUUUUUAUGCAAUUCUUUCAUCUACUAUGUUCGAUGUUAAACGGAUCAAUUUAACGAGAAGCAAGAGCGUGGCAAAAUUUAAAUUCUAUACACAAAUCUAUUGCGUAUGAUAUAAUACGCAACAUUUAUAACAUAUAUACCGAUACUCGUAACUAAACUUUCUAUUUUUAUCAUCGAUGAAAAUUGUAUUCACGUUUUAUAUACACCAUCCUUGCAAAAUUAUUAUUGAUUUAAUUUUGCUGAAUAAUUGAUCUUGAAUUGACGUAAAUAUGUAUUCCAACCAUUAAGAAAAGAGAAUUUUAAAAACUGAUUGUGAUUAAAUAUAAAUACCUACUUGAAAAUAGUACAUCUAAUUCAUCUUUUCAAGUCACAUACUGAAGGGUAUACUCAAGAUGCUAUAUGCUAUAAUACUGCAUUUUGAUUUAAAAAAUUAUCUCUCCAACAUAAAAGCAUACAUAGAAGAUUGCCUACCUUAGUUAACAAUUUUAAUAAAAUUCUUCGUGGACUCUCAAUAUCAUUUAUAUAUAUGUACAAUAUCAAUAUUGUUGCAUAGUACAGAAUUGUAAUCUGUUAAUAGUGAUGUAAAAUUAUAUGUAAAUCAGUGAUGCACUGUUAAAAUAUCAAUAUGAAAACUUAAAAGUUUUUCACUUCUCAGUCCAAUGAAGUAACUGGAAUUUUUCAGUUAAGUCAACUAUGUAAAAGGACAUUGUAAUUUUAUGACAAAUAUAAAUUAUCUUUCUUCUGUAUUUUAAAAUUUCUAAUACACUAGAAGAAUAUAAUAGGCACAAAGUACGAUCAUUGAACAAUCAAUUAUGAUGCCUUUUUUUUUUAUACACGUCUUGCGUUACAAUACGAAAGAAUGAAUUUUAUAAAAAU